AUCAAAGUUCGUCGGAGGUUGCUUUGUUGCAACCAUCCGAAGGCAUAGUUUUUGACUUCCCGUUGAGGUACAACCGACGACGAUUGAUUAUGACAGAUCGUCUUUAAAGUCUUUUGGAAGGCUGACAAUGCCAUCAAUAUUUUUCGUAGAAGGAAAUAUCAUAAAGUGACAGAGAUAGAACAGAGAGAGAGAGAAAGUAGAUAUUUUUCGUAGGUGAUUUGGUGAGAUUUGAUUUGAAAGAUUUGUUCAGUUUAUUUGGUCAGUAAAAGAAGCUCAGAAGAAGAGAAGGAAUGGGGUGGUGGAGAGAGAAAACGAAGAGGUUGGGGCUUUUGAUCUUCGUCUGCUUGGUUUUGGCUGUUGUAGCAGUUGAAGCGACGUCGUUUAGAGGUGGAGAGUUACGAGGGGAAAGGCUUCACAGAAAUGCUUAUGCGACGAUGAUGUACAUGGGGACUCCGAGAGACUACGAGUUCUACGUUGCGAUCCGAGUGAUGCUCAGAUCUCUUUCCAAGUUCGCCGUCGAAGCCGAUCUCGUCGUCAUUGCCUCCCUCGACGUUCCUCUCCGUUGGGUCCAAGCUCUGCCUUUUGAUUUUCCUGGAAGCUUCGCAAUAUUGAGAUUGAGUGGGGCCUGUUCGUGGGACCACCGGAGUGGGACCAUCGGAGACAGGCAGUCUCCGAUGGUUAAACCCUUGCUAUUUGUGGCUCAACGUCAAAGGGAACAGGAAGAUGGAGCAAGAGUGGUGAGAGUGGAGAAUCUUAAAAAUCCAUACAGGGACCAAAACAAUUUCGAUUCGAGAUUUAAGUUAACACUAAACAAACUGUAUGCAUGGAGCCUGGUGGACUACGACAGGGUGGUCAUGCUUGAUGCCGACAACCUUUUCCUCCAAAAAACUGAUGAGUUGUUCCAGUGUGGCCAGUUUUGUGCUGUGUUCAUCAACCCCUGCGUCUUUCAUACUGGCCUUUUGUAUUGCAGGUAA